GGAGCGGACCAGCGGGUGUGCUCACCUCCAACCUCCAGGGAAUGGCUCUGCGCUCCAGGACGGGAUUUUACCGGCAGGAGGUCAACAGAACCGUGUGGGAAGUCCCAGAACGGUACCGAGACCUGAGGCAGGUCGGGACCGGAGCCUACGGGACAGUUUGUUCAGCGUGGGACCGGCGCACAGGGACACAGGUGGCCAUCAAAAAGCUGCACCGUCCCUUCCAGUCCAAGCUCUUCGCCAAAAGAGCCUACAGAGAACUUCGACUCCUCAAACACAUGAAGCACGAGAACGUGAUCGGACUUCUGGAUGUUUUCACCGCCGAAAUUUCCCUGGACCGCCUUCGAGACUUCUACCUGGUCAUGCCCUUCAUGGGCACGGACCUGGGCAAGCUGAUGAAGUUGGAGAGGCUCUCAGAGGACCGGGUCCAGUUCUUGGUCUACCAGAUGAUGAAAGGACUGAAGUACAUCCACUCUGCAGGGAUCAUCCACAGGGAUCUGAAACCAGGGAAUCUGGCCAUCAACCAGGACUGUGAGUUAAAGAUCCUGGACUUUGGCCUGGCCAGGCAGGCGGACGCGGAGAUGACGGGCUACGUGGUGACCCGCUGGUACCGAGCCCCCGAAGUCAUUCUCAACUGGAUGCACUACACUCAGACAGUGGACAUCUGGUCUGCUGGCUGCAUCAUGGCAGAGAUGCUGCUGGCCAAGCCGCUCUUUAAAGGCAACGAUCACUUGGACCAGCUGCGAGAAAUCAUGAAGAUCACAGGAACGCCUGCUGCUGACUUUGUGGUGAAGCUCCAAAGCCAAGAUGUGCGUAUUAAGACGACGACAAAGACACCAAAGUGUUCAGUGACUGUUCAUGGUCUCUGCCAACAGGCCAAAAACUACCUCAGAGGUUUGCCCAAAGUGCCCCAAAAAGAUUUUCACUCCAUUUUCUCCAAAGCUAGCACAAAUGCGGUCUGCGUGCUGGAGAAGAUGCUCCUCCUGGACCCGGAGGAGAGGGCGAGCGCCUCGGAGGCCCUGGACCUGCCCUUCUUCGCAUACUUCCGCGACACUGAAGAGGAGACCGAGGCGCAGCCGUACGACCAAACGGUGGACAACACCGACCUGACACUGGAGCAGUGGAAACGACACACCGUCACCGAGGUACUGACCUUUAGACCGCCCAAGGACUCCAGGGAGACCACGCUUUGAUAGCGCACACACGUUUGCACAUGCACGCCACAGAACUAUUUUCUAUGGUUAUUUUUUCUAAUACAAACCCUGUUUCCAUAUGAGUUGGGAAAUUGUGUUAGAUGUAAAUAUAAACGGAAUACAAUGAUUCGCCAAUCCUUUUCAACUCAUAUUCAAUUGAAUGCUCUAAAAAGAAAAAAUAUUUGAUUUUCAAACUCAUAAACUGUUUUUUUUUGCAAAUAAUAAUUACCUUAGAAUUUCAUGGCUGCAACACAUGGCAAAGUAGUUGGGAAAGGGCAUGUUCACCACUGUGUUACAUCACCUUUUCUUUUAACAACACUCAAUAAACGUUUGGGAACUGAGGAAACUAAUUGUUGAAGCUUUGAAAGUGGAAAUCUUUCCCAUUCUUGUUUUAUGUAGAGCUUCAGUCCUUCAACAGUCCGGAGUCUCCGCUGUCGUAAUCUACGGUUCAUAAUGCGCCACACAUUUUCGAUGGGAGACAGGUCGGGACUGCAGGCGGGCCAGGAAAGUACCCGCACUCUUUUUUUACGAAGCCACGCUGUUGUAACACGUGCUGAAUGUGGCUAGGCAUUGUCUUGCUGAAAUAAGCAGGGGCGUCCAUGAAAAAGACGGCGCUUAGAAGGCAGCAUAUGUUGUUCCAAAACCUGUAUGUACCUUUCAGCAUUAAUGGUGCCUUCACAGAUGUGUAAGUUACCCGUGCCUUGGGCACUAAUGCACCCCCAUACCAUCACAGAUGCUGGCUUUUGAACUUUGCGUCAAUUACAGUCUGGAUGGAUCGCUUCCCCUUUGGUCCGGAUGACACCAUGUCGAAUAUUUCCAAAAACAAUUUGAAAUGUUGACUCGUCAGACCACAGAACACUUUCCACUUUACAACAGUCCAUCUUAGAUGAUCUCGGGCCCAGAUAAGCCGGCGGCAUUUCUGGAUGUUGUUGAUAAAUGGCUUUCGCUUUGCAUAGUAGAGCUUUAACUUGCACUUACAAAUGUAGCGACCAAUUGUAUUUAGUGACAGUGGUUUUCUGAAGUGUUCCUGAGCCCAUGUGGUUAUAUCUUUUAGAGAUUGAUGUCGGUUUUUGAUACAGUGGCGUCUGAGGGAUUGAAGGUCACGGUCAUUCAAUGUUGGUUUCCGGCCAUGCUGCUUAUGUGGAGUGAUUUCUACAGAUUCUCUGAACCUUUGAUGAUAUUAUGGACCGUAGAUGUUGAAAUCCCUAAAUUUCUUGCAAUUGCACUUUGAGAAACAUUGUUCUUAAACUUUUUGACCAUUUGCUCACGCAGUUGUGGACAAAGGGGUGUACCUCGUCCCAUCCUUUCUUGUGAAAGACUGAGCAUUUUUUGGGAAGCUGUUUUUAUACCCAAUCAUGGCACCCACCUGUUCCCAAUUAGCCUGCACACCUGUGGGAUGUUCCAAAUAAGUGUUUGAUGAGCAUUUCCCAACUUUAUCAGUAUUUUUUGCCACCUUUCCCAACUUCUUUGUCACGUGUCGCUGGCAUCAAAUUCUAAAAUUAAUGAUUAUUUGCACAAAAAAAAAUGUUUAUCAGUUUGAAAAUCAAAUAUGUUGUCUUUGUAGCAUAUUCAACUGAA